AAAGCAGUUAACUUUUGGCGGGUCAAUCAUCAUAUACAAAAACUUCUCAGCUCUCUCUCUUAUUUUCUCCAUUUCUGCAAUUUAGAUUAACAACAAAGAAAAAAGAAAAAUGGAGUCUCUAAAUCAUAACAAGAACAUCAAUGAUCAUGAGGGUAGUGUCACUAGGUCAUCAUCGGCUCUGAUCUUUCUAGGCACCGGCUGCUCCAACUCUGUCCCUAACGCUUUGUGCUUGAUUCAGCCGUCGGAUCCUCCAUGCAAUAUAUGCUUGCAGUCCCUCUCCGUUCCACCUGAUCAAAAUCCCAACUACAGGUGCAAUACGUCUCUUCUAAUAGAUUAUUAUAGCGAGAGUGAAGAGAAACACAAGUAUAUAUUAAUUGAUGUUGGAAAGACGUUUAGGGAGCAAGUACUCAGGUGGUUUACUUUCCACAAGAUUCCUCGUGUGGAUUCUAUUAUUUUGACUCAUGAACAUGCUGAUGCAGUUCUUGGUCUUGAUGAUAUACGCACUGUGCAACCGUUUAGUCCUACAAAUGAAGUUGAUCCAGUCCCCAUUUACUUAAGCCAGCCUACCAUGAACAGCAUUACUUUGAAAUUUCCUUACUUGAUAAAGAAAGAAUUAAGGGGCCAAGAAAUAAGGCAUGUUGCACAAUUGGAGUGGAAGAUAAUUGAGGAAGACUGUCAAAGACCAUUUGUUGCUUCUGGCGUACAAUUUGUUCCUUUGCCAGUGAUGCAUGGUGAAGACUAUGUUUCCUUAGGUUUUCUUUUUGGUGAGAAAAGUAGAGUAGCUUAUAUAUCUGAUGUUUCACGUUUCCCUGCUAGCACAGAGUAUGUAAUUUCUAAAGCUGGGGCAGGACAGGUGGAUCUUCUUAUCUUGGACACCUUGCGCAGGAGUGGAUCCCAUAAUGUUCACUUCUGCUUGCCUCAGAGCCUUGAAGCUGUAAAGAGAUUAUGUCCAAAGCAAGCUCUCUUAAUUGGAAUGGGUCAUGAGAUUGAUCAUUACAAGGACAAUGUGUUCCUAGCUGAAUGGUCUAAAAGGGAAGGAAUACCAGUGCAGCUUGCAUUUGAUGGUCUGAGAGUAACUAUAGACCUUUAAUAAGGUCGAGAUAUGACUAUCGAUUAUCACCAGAUAAAUAAUUUAUAUUUUCUAGCCUAUGCUAAUGGGAGGCAUAAACAACAACAAAAAAAAAAAGGAAGAAGAAAAACUGUUCAGAAUACCAGCAGCUCAUAUUCAACACAUGAGACAAACUUUUCAAACAAUAGGAAGUGCAGGAAGUAUGAGUAUAUUUGAGGGGUUGCUGAUAUCAGACUUGCUCAGAUGUUAAUCUCAAAGAUUUGAUAUAUUACCUAGUUAAUAAAAUCAUCAUAUUCUAGAUGGAAAUAUUUACAUUUCCUUGCU